UAACGCGAAUGGACAGAUUAUAUAUCAACUUUGAGUGCUAUAACCAUAGUGUAAAAGAGUUAUAGACUAUCAUUGUCAUUUGGCAAACUUGGCGCUCUCAAUCUUCAAAUUGAAUCAAAUUUACAACAUCAAUAUGGCGGAUAAAUGGGAAAGUUCUCAAAGUGAUGAACGAGGCGCAACUACAUUUCAGUAUAAAAUCAAAGAUGAACCCAUGGACACUGAUUUACCUGAAGAGGAUGAAGGUCCGCCAGCAUUCGGUCUUGCUGCAGCAUUGGGACUCCAUAGAGUCGGCACCAAAUUACCGCCAAAACCUACGCCAAGUGAACCUGUACAAAAACUUAAUGCAAGAGGGAUGCCCGCUCGUAUCAGAAAGAAAAACAGAUUUAUAUUUGUUGACGAUUUUAUUAAUACCUCUCCACCAAGACAAUCACCUAAGCGAACACCAAAAAUAUCGGCCAUGAAGACUCCUAGUAAACACUCUAGUGGCAAAAAACAAAAGUCCCCAACUAAAACUCCUAGAAUUCUUAGGACUGAAGAUAAAAAUGAAAACCAAUCACCAGAUCGUAAGAGUGGUCAGCGCAUUGGAAUGAGGUUGAGGAAUCUUUUGAAGUUGCCUAAAGCGCAUAAGUGGGUCUGCUUUGAAUAUUUCUACAGCAAUAUUGACAAAACAUUAUUUGAUGGUGAAAAUGAUUUCAUGAUUUGCCUCAAAGAAACAUUCCCUCGGUUGAAUACUAAAAAGUUAACACAAGUUCAAUGGGCUAAAAUCCGGAGAAUGAUGGGUAAACCUCGACGAUGUUCUCAAGCAUUUUUUGCUGAAGAGCGCAAAGAAUUGGAUAGAAAAAGAAAAUUAAUUAGAUAUAUCCAACAAAGAAAAUCAGCAGACGUGUCUGUUAAAGAUUUGCCGAAUGAAAUUCCAAUGCAGUUAGUUGUAGGAAGUAAGGUAACUGCAAGAGUGCGCAAGCCACAAGAUGGUUUGUUUACAGGCUGCAUUGAUGCUGUCGACACUUCUAACAACACAUACAGGAUAACAUUUGAAAGGCCAAAAUUGGGAACCCAUUCUGUUCCAGAUUAUGAAGUUUUGUCUAAUGAGCCACCGGACACAAUUUGUCUGUCUAGUAUGGAACAAAAAUUUAGGCCACGCUAUAUAAUGCGGGAAAUUUAUAAUCUGCAACAGCCAUGUAAUAUAUCAAAUAUGAAUAGCCAAGGAGACCCUAUGAUAGGAUGCAGUGAUUUAUCAAAACACCUUGAUUCAAAUGUAGGUACUUACCCAUUCCCUUUGUUGGAGUUAAUAGUUAAGUUUACAAAAAUAUUACAAGCAAAGAGAAUCAAAAUUAACAGAUUAAAAGAAUACAAUUGCGAAGCUGAGAAAAGAAAAUCAUUUGGUCAGAAAAUGCCUGAAGAUUUUAAAAGGAACUAUGCUGCGGUUGUUAUAGAUCUUGAAAGAAUGAAUACGGAUUUGAAGGUAUACAUCAAAGACAUACAAACACAUUGCCAACAAAUAGCCCCAGGUCCAAGUUUAGCAGCUAUGUUGGCACCUUCACAUCUCAGAGAGAAAUGUCAUGAAGAAGCAGCUUUACUUGUAGAAAAAAAUAAUAAUGGAACAAUUUCAGAUGUAAACACUGUAGAUCUUAUAACAGAUCUUACGGCUUUAAUGUUACAAGUCAGGAAUCUUUCAGACUCUAACCAGAAUGCCUACGAGUUGAGUGUUUUGAAAGGAACUAUGGAUGAAAUCAAAAUGAAAUUAGAACCUUCACAUCAAAAACUGUUUCAAAAUCAUGUGGAGCUUCAUAUGCAAAGAAUUCAGAUGGGCCUAGGUCAAUUUACAUGUAAUAGUUAUGCGACUGGUACAAUUCUACAAGGCGGACUACAUUAAGCAAGCAAUAUUAUGUACUUCAUUUUUGUUAUUGCUUUGAAAUAAAAUAAUUUUACUAUUGAUAGAAUACCCAAUUAAAUAUAAAUUGAAAUUAAAAUAUAUUAGAGAUACAUUUAUGUUAGAGUAUUUAUUUUGGUUUAAUUUUCUGCAUUUUAUAUUCUUCCUAAAAAAAGAAAAAUUUACCAACUAUAUAAGUAGGUAUCUACUAUACAAUAUUGUAUUCUGUGUGAAACUGAAAAUAUUAAUACAAUGCAAUACUUUAUUCAACAGUAGAUAGGCAUAUGUAUAAUAAUUAUAUGUAAUAGUUUUAGUGGAGUAAAUAUGUAGUUGGAUGAAACAAUAAAAUAUAAUUAUAAUUUA